AUGCAAAGUUUUACAAGUGAUUCAAUCGAAGGGCCUGAAGUUAACUUCAAUUUAGCGUGGAACCAAAGUCUCAUAAGAAUAGAGAAUGAGACCAAUUUCAUUAUUGCGCAAAAUCAUCAAAAUUUUGAAAGCAAUUCUAUGAUGGAACUUGAGGCUGAAUUUAAUUUUGCGCAGAAUUAUCAAUUUAAAAGCAAUUCUAUGAUGGAACUUGGAUUUGAUUUUAGUUUGGCACAGAAUCAAGAUUUCAGAUUUGAAAAUAAAGCAUUUGAAUUGCCAUUAGACAUCUGUGAGCAUCAAAUUAUCAGUUCAGAAGAUGUUCUUAGUGAAGAUGAAUCAAAUAAAGGUCUCCUGCGAUUAUAUAUUGGUCUUAUAUUUACUGCGUGGGAAGAUGAGUACUUGACUCUGCAUGUUCUCUCUCUUCAAUGCCAACAACUUUCUGAAAGCUUUUUAUAUGAUGCUACUGAAAUAUCUUAUAAUUGGGAUAAUUUUCUACUAGAACCAGAAGAUAUUUUGGAGAAUAGUUGUCUGGAAGAUGACUAUGAAAGAUGUCAAACAGGUCUCAGAUCAUUAUUAUACUCUUUACAGUAUGAUGAAGUUGACCAGAUUUGGAUCGUUACACUACAGAGAUCGUUUCCAGAGAACAAUGAUGAUAAUAAUAGAGUUGAAUCAGAACCUAUUAUUGAACCUCAGCCUGUUGUUACAAACCCGUUUGUGACAAAACACUGUGAACGAACACCUAAGAGGCUUAAAGAUGUGUUGGAAAACAUUACAAACACUUGUCAUAAUUUACAUGAUUCAAACAACAGAAUUCUAGUUAAAAAUUAUGUACAAGAAAAAAAAAAAAAUAAAUACACCAACUGUGGGAAUUAUGGACAUAAUGUUCGAACUUGCGAUGCAAAUUAA